CUGCUGGCCGCCUCCUGUGUGCUUCCACCCGGCCCCGCCCCCCCGGCUCUCCACCCCUCUGCCCCUCAGGUUCCUUUUGUAAUUUUGUAGAAACUUCCAGGAGGACUAUGAAAGAUUAUGAUGAACUUCUCAAAUACUAUGAAUUAUAUGAAACUGUUGGGACAGGUGGCUUUGCAAAGGUCAAACUUGCCUGCCAUAUCCUCACUGGAGAAAUGGUAGCUAUAAAAAUCAUGGAUAAAAAUGCACUAGGGAGUGAUUUGCCCCGGAUCAAAACGGAGAUUGAGGCCUUGAAGAACUUGAGACAUCAGCAUAUAUGUCAACUCUACCAUGUGCUGGAGACAGCCAACAAAAUAUUCAUGGUUCUUGAGUAUUGCCCCGGAGGAGAGCUGUUUGACUACAUAAUUUCCCAGGAUCGCCUAUCCGAGGAGGAGACCCGAGUUGUCUUCCGUCAGAUAGUAUCUGCAGUUGCUUACGUGCACAGCCAGGGUUAUGCUCACAGGGACCUCAAACCGGAAAAUUUGUUGUUUGAUGAAUAUCAUAAAUUAAAACUGAUUGACUUUGGUCUCUGUGCAAAACCCAAGGGUAACAAGGAUUACCAUCUUCAGACAUGUUGUGGGAGUCUUGCUUAUGCAGCCCCUGAAUUAAUACAAGGCAAAUCAUACCUGGGAUCGGAGGCAGAUGUUUGGAGUAUGGGCAUACUCUUAUAUGUACUUAUGUGUGGCUUUCUACCAUUCAAUGAUGAUAAUGUCAUGGCUUUGUACAAGAAGAUUACG